AUGAAGGUGGAAAGUGACUACUCCCAGGGGCCCACCCUGACUCAAGGGAUCUCGAAGGGCUUCACGCCGCUCUCCAGGCAGAACUCUGGCUUCUUCACCCGAGAAGAGCAAGUUUUGGCAAGAAACCCACACACCGCUAGGAGACUUCCUCAACGGUCAAGAACCACACACGAGCACAUCCCAUUGGGGCCACAGAUCUUGACCAUCACGAGGCCCCAACCUCAACAGCACGCCUCUACCUCCUUUGUGCCGACCCAGAACACGGUUGGCGCCGCGGGAGCAGCCGAGGAGACAAAAGCUCAAGAUGCCUCUGUUCCAAGUCCCAACGCGCAGAACGUGCAGAAUGAGAGCGCAGACUCUGUCACACCACUCGAAAGCAGCAGGCCACCUCAGCCUCGUAGGCCGAAGCUGGGCGCCCCGCGCCGCUCGUACUCGGUCACGGACUACGAGCCCGUCCCGCCAGAGCAGCGGCCCUCUUCGGGCAACCUGACGCUGUCCACGAUCCCCCCUGAGCUCCACUACGCCGUCUUCGACUUUCUGGACCCAAUUGACUCGGCGUGCCUGGGGCUCACCAAUAGCCACUUCUACGCCAUCCACCGGCGCAUGCACGGGUCGGUGCCGCUGAGCUCGCGGCGCGACGGGCCCAACGAGCUGGAGUGGGCGUGGCACCUCGCCAGCAGGCCCGUUGCGGGUUCCCACGGCGGCAGCACCAGCGCGGCGACGACCAACACGCUGGGUGCGGGCGACAAGGCCGGCCUCGCGGCCAUGCGGGUGCGCGGCAAGGGGCUGUGCAGGAAGUGCGGCGUGAGCCGGUGCGAGCUCCACAAGCACAUCCGCGAGUGGGUGCCGGAGACGCACGAGUACUGCUCGGUCAGGGACAAGUUCGUUCCCAAGCCCGGGGAGGACGCGCGGGCCCACUGCUACAUGAGCAACCCGAGGAACACGACCCGCUGCGGGCGGCACCGUGUCAAGAAGGCGUAG